UUAUGGAAUCUGUUCAACCUACUGAAAUACCACGCGGUAACGCUGAUCAUGAUGCUGUGGACGUCACCUCGUGGAUUUCGGUGUGUCCCAAAGGCCUCUGGCGGGUUCAGAGGACACGGGCACAUUCGUGGAGUCGACAACUUGUUUCCAAUUCCGAAAAUGCCUCAAAUCCCUGUCCAAAGCUGGGCUCUUUGUGUCGCGUCCAGGUGCAGUUCAAAGCUAACACAGAUGAUUCAGAUGGCUCAGUGUCUGACAAAAGAAGUGAAAAGUUGUCUGACACUUAUGCAACAGAAUUUGUAGAUACACCUUUUGCCAGAUGUCAAGACUCUGUGCUGCAGAUCCCAGUGGGUGAGUGGGUGACGCUGAGGCUAGGGGAGGGUCAGUGUGAUGUCACAGAGGCGUGUUUGGAGGGAAUGAGACCUGGAGAGAAAUGUGAGAUACAACUUACCCCCGUUGGACCGGAUGUUUCUGUUCCUCAAAAUCCAGAUGGAGACCUUCCUCUAUGUGCCACCGUUGAACUAAAAGCUUUCACGCCAGGAAAGGAAUCCUGGGAGUUGCCGACUAGUGAAAAAUGGCAGUGGGUUAAGUCACACAAGGAGAGGGGUGGAGUGAGAUUCAGGAGCGGGGAUGUGUGGGGAGCCUCAGACAGCUACAGCAGGGCCCUCAAACUCCUCAUUCCUCUCUGCAGCCUCGUUGGAUUGGUGGGCACAAAAGGACCAAAGCUUGAAGUGGAGGAGCAGAGAGACGCAAUCACUGCUGAUGAGACACAACAGUUGCCUUCAGUUAAUGAAUGCAAAAUAAUCAAAGCCGAGCUGCACUCAAACCUGUCAUUGUGCCAGCUGAAAUUGAACCAGCCCGAGCGAGCUAAAGCCAAUGCUGCUAAAGCCACUCUGCUGGACUCUGGUGCUACCAAAGCCUGGUACCGACUAGGCCAAGCAUGCCAGAUGCUGAAUGAGCUGGAGGAGGCCAAACAGGCUUUUAGGAAACUGCUGGAGCUACAACCAGAACUGCCUGCUGCUGUGAAAGCGCUUAAAGGUGUAAUUAGUCGAGAGAAAGAAAGAAAUGCGCAACUUGGACUGAGACUCAGCAAAAUGUUUAGCUGAACAUGAAAAAUGAUCAAUUCAAACUGUUUACGCUUGGCUCACCAUUACAUGAACGUGUAUUCACAAUACUA